CAGAAAUGGAUACAGUUAUCAAACUCGGUGUGUCCCCUGACCGCAUUCUAUAUGCAAACACAUGUAAAGGGAUUUCUCACAUUCGGCAUGCUUCUCAUUUAGAUAUCAGAUUGAUGACGUUCGAUAGCGAAGAGGAACUGAUAAAGAUCAAACAGUUUUUUCCAACCGCAAAGCUUCUAAUUCGACUUAGGAUCAAAGUAUCAAAUCCCCAAAUUCUAAUGAACGAUGCAACCGGGUGUGAAGAAAGAGAAGUUCCUUUACUGCUGGAAUCGGCUCUCAUACACAAUCUCACUGUUGUAGGAAUAAGUUUCCAUAUAGGUAGUGUUAUCCAAGAUCCCAAUGAUUUUAAGGCUGCUAUAGAGAUGUGUAGACGAGUCAUUGAAAUAGCGGAUUCGAAAGGCAUCAUCAUGGAUAAACUUGACAUUGGAGGCGGUUUCCCCGGUUCAAAAUCUUCCCAAGAUCUCUUUACAAACACAGCUGCAGCUAUUAACCAAGCAAUAGAUCUCUAUUUCCCACCCGACGAGCAAUUUCAAAUCAUUGGAGAACCAGGCAGAUAUAUUGUAACAACUGCAUUUACGUUGUGUGCUAAUAUAAUCGGGAAAAAAGAAAGAUUUGUUGAAAAUAAUGUGGAAAUCAUGUACAUUAUAAAUGAGGGAGUAUAUGGUUUGUUUGUUCAUUCAAACCUUCAUGGUGAUGAAAAAAGACCAGUUCCAAAACCGUUGUCGACAGGUUUUGAUAUCAAACCCAGUAGCGUUUGGGGACAAUCUUUCGAACCCGUUGAUUUAAUUGUAGAAAGAUGCAUGAUUCCUGAGUUGAAAGUGGGUGACUGGCUUCUGAUGGAAGAAAUGGGAGCUUAUACAACUUCAUGCGCCACAACGUUCAGCGGAUUUGCAAAGACUGAAGUGAAGUACCUUAUUUCUGAAGAGACAAUAUCAUAUCUAGAAAAAUUUCCAGUCGGAUGUGAACUCAGCCGAAUAUUAAAAUUAGAGGUCAAGCUUAUGGAAAGUAGCAAAACAAAUUGUGAAGAAUGCCCUGUGAAAUUGGACUGAAUUUUUAACAAACUCACAUUUUUUUUUUUUGUA